CAAGCAACAGUAUACCCUAAGCACCCUCGAUAAGGGACUGUCCCUUUUGGGCUACUUAAACCCCUUCCGACUCUGCCGACAAGGGAAUAACAUUUCAUUCAGAGAUUCUUAUCGCGAGCGCUCUCUACAUUGAAAUUCUUGUUCAAUUUUUCUCGCCAGAUUCACAUCCUUCAAUUUAAAGUCAAAAUGGCGACCAUUGCAUACCCCCCUGCGAAAUGCUGCACCGUUGGAGUCAAGCAUGAAGGCACUCCCACCGGCCAGGACAUCAAGGUUGGCAAGUACGACGCCUAUCUGGCUGUCCCCGAGUCGUCCAAAGUGCACAAGGAUGCCGGCAUCCUCUUCAUCCCCGACGUCAUAUGCAUCUGGCAGAAUAGCAAGCUGAUGGCCGACCAGUAUGCCGCCAACGGCUAUCUUUGUCUCAUCAUCGACGUCUUCAACGGCGACCCCCUCUCGCUCAACCGAUCCGACGACUUUGACUUCAUAGCCUGGCUCACCAAGGGCAGCACAGGCGACAAUCCCCACACGGCCGAGCACGUCGAUCCCAUCGUGAAGGAGGCAAUUAAGUACCUGACGGAGGAGAAGGGCAUCAAGAAGCUGGGUGCCGUUGGGUACUGCUUCGGUGCCAAGUAUGUCGCACGCCACUACCCCUCCAUCCAAGUCGGUUUCAUGGCGCACCCCUCCUUCGUUGACGAGGACGAGUUCAGGGCUUUCAAGGCCCCGUUAUCCAUCGCCGCCGCCGAGACGGACGCGAUCUUCCCCACCGACAAGCGCCACCGUGCCGAAGUGAUCCUCGCCGAGAAGGGCCAUCCUUACCAAAUCAAUCUCUACAGCCAGGUCGUUCACGGCUUCUCGGUCCGUUGUGAUUUGAGCAACAAGGUCGAGAAGUAUGCCAGGGAACAGGCUUUCCUGCAGGCUGUCACUUGGUUCGAUACCUGGUUGAUUUGAAUAGAUGUCGGGAAGCGGCUUUAUUUCGGUUCACUUGAAAUUUGCCAGAUCAGCCGUCAUCUGCGGAGCAGGAGAGCAGGAGAGCAGGUCGCAGGCGCAUAUGAAACGAGCAAACGGCUAUGUACAGCU